AUGGUUCGAUUUGUUAUAGAUGAAGCACAUUCUUGGGGACAACUUGGAAUUUUAAAACAAUGUUGGAAAUUGGUACCAAUUAUGUUAUUUACAGCAAUAUAUACAAGAUCUGAAGUAAAUGAAAUUUGUGAAAAGUUAUUUAUUGAUGAAAAUAAUUUUACAUUAGUUUGUGUUGCAAUAUCUAUUUUUGGAAUAAAAAUUAAUUCAAAAAAUAUACGUACUAGAACACCCAUGAGUAUAACAAAUCUUAUUCAAGAAGCUGGACAUGUAGGACGUGAUGAAAAUAUGGUAACUCAUAUUAUUUUUUACAAUAAAAAAGAUAUUCGUACUAAUUAUUCUAUAGUAACAGAAUAUAAAGAAAUAGAAUCUAUUAUAAAUACUAUAGUCAAUGAUCAAAUAUUGAAUAAUAAACUUAUACAAGCAUCUAACAAAAUUUUCGAGGUCUUAUAUUAUUGCAAUUCUCAAUAUGAGUUAUUGAAAACUAAAGAAUUAAUUUUAUUUGCAUUAUUAGAUUUAGUGAUUUGUGGUUUAGUUCAAGAAAAAAUUAUAUUACAAAGAUCAAAUAAAGGUAGUAUUGGUUUAUUUAGUAGUAUUGUUGUAGUUAGUGUAGUACAUGACAUACAAGCAAAUGCAAAAUACAAAAUAAAUAAUGAUUUACUUAUAGGUGAUUUUACGAAAGAUAAUCUGUUGUUAGCAAAGUCUGGAAGUUUUAUUUUGAAGAAAUUAAAUAAUAAAUUUGAAAAAACAUUUGCACGGUAUUUUAAUGAAGUUAUUACAAAUGAUAGUCUAACUACAGGCAUUUGGGAGACAUUCACAGAUAACUUUGUCAAUUUUCUUCUUUCAAAUUUAGAAUUUAACAUAAAUCCAUUAUUAAUGAGAUUGCAAUUGGAUUAUAGCUUUAGUGUAUUUGAUAAAGAAGUGACUACUAAAACUGAAUUCAGCAUAGAGAAGAAUAAGGAGGUUCUUUUUAUAGAUGAGAAUAACCGUUUACACUCUUUGAAGUUUUAUUCAGAAUAUGGAGAAUCUCAAAUAUCAGUUAAAAUUCUCGCAUGUGCUUUUAUCAAUUUUAGCAGUGUAGUUAGUCCUAUAGCAGGAGAGAGUCAAAUGAUCUAUGCAACAAAAGUUAUUGGAACAAGAUUUGUAUUUUACAAGGGAUCACAAAUUCAAUCUAUUCUAGCAAGGUCUAUUUUUAAUCUAUCUCUAGAUAAUAUAGAUCAAGUGAUUGUUGGAGUUUUAAAUGUAAAAUGA